AUGUUUCUGGCGAUUCGAAACAUUAGUCAGAGUGGGAUUGUCCGACAUUCCACUCAGAAAAACGAAGUGUACAUAAUUUGGACCACGGCAUCCCUCUCAUGCUUACUGGGCAUCGGCUGGAUAUUUGGGUUCUUCUACAUGCAAGUCACUCCUGUCUUCGUCUACCUCUUCACCAUCGUCAAUGCCUCUCAGUGCUUGAUCAUGGAGAGGGAACCGGAAGAAUCGAUAGAUCGGGAUCGAGUAGUGAACUACAUCGGCGGUGCAACGCUGGUUCAUCCUCAGGCCGUCGUCACUGCUGCACACGUCGUACACGGCAGGGAAAGGAGAAGGCUGAUCAUCCGCUGCGGGGAAUGGGAUCUAAAUUCUCACAGUCAGGAACUGUUCCCAUUCAUUGAACGCCUCGUCUUACGGAUCACUUUCCACCCACAAUAUCUCAGUGGGAUGCUGAUGAACGAUCUAGCCGUGGUGCUCCUCGAUAGUCCCAUCAACCUGGGAAGGACUCCACACAUUGCCCCAAUUUGCCUGCCGAAUGGGAAACUCCAGCCUGCCAAAUAUAGAUGCUACGUCGUCGGAUGGGGUUAUGACCCCUACAACUCCGGGAGAUCGAAUCAGAAUCUGCUGAGAAAGGCGAGCCUGAAGGUCAUCUCCAGUGAACAAUGUGAAAGGAGACUGAAGGAGGAAGGACACUUGAGCCCCUUCUUUAAGCUCGACCCCAAUAGCAUUUGCGCUGCCGGAAUCGACGGUCAAGACGCCUGCGAAGGUGAUGGAGGAGGAGCGUUGAUGUGUGCCGUACCAGAAGAGAAGGGAUUCGGAGUAUGCCCAACGGGGGGUUAUUGUCCAGACGAGAGGUAUUUCAUCGUUGGCAUCGUCUCCUGGGGUCUCCAGUGCGGAUCCGGCCUUCCCGUGGUGUGCGCCAACGUUCAAUCUUUCCUGGACUUCCUGGAUUUCGUCCUGGGACAGUUUGCGAGAGAUCCAAACUAUUACGAAGCCCAUCCCGUCUGAGACCUUUCAUUCCUUCGUCUUUCAAAUAAACCCACAGAUCCAAGAACCAUCUCGCUCCCAACGACUCUUAAAAUUCAUCAGUUUAAUACAAUAUCCUUCGUAGAUCCAUCAUAACGUUGCAACACGGUCUGCAACCGAGAGGGCAAAUAAAGCGUUUCGUUUUAUAA